UCAGAGGGUCAGAUGUUAAAAGAAGCAGUGUACAUCAACAAGUCCUUGUCAUUCCUGGAACAGGCCAUCCUGGCCCUGGCAGACCGUCGCAGAGACCACGUGCCCUUCAGACAGAGUAAACUCACACAUGCUCUUAAAGACUCACUGGGAGGAAACUGCAACACUGUGCUUGUGGCCAACAUCUACGGUGAGGCUGCACGGAUAGAAGAAACCCUCUCUACUCUGCGCUUUGCCGGCAGAAUGAAGUGUCUCCGGGCUGACCCUGCUGUUAAUGAACACAUGGAUCCAGCAGCUAUGAUCAAGAAACUUCAAAAGGAUGUACAGACGCUGAAAGAGGAACUCUCUUUGUGUAAUACAUUGGUGAACCGGCCGAGCCUCACGUGCGAGCCGUUGUCUGAGGCCCAGCUGGCGGAGAUCCACAGCCAUAUUCGGAGGUACCUAGAGGGAAGCCUGGAUGAAAUCAGUAUCAUAAGUAUCAGGCAGGUCCAAGCAGCGUUCGCACAGUUCAAGCUCGCUGUGCAGGAACAGGAGCAGAAGGUAAAAGCUCAGCUAUGCCAGACCUACAACUUGGUGAAAAAAGAUCAGAGUGCUAACACAACUGCUGUCAAGGAGUGGGAUACCAGAGGUAGCGCUGAGGAUGGGGAGGCCGGCAGCUUUGGGGUUCCUCCUCAGUCACUGAAAAACGGCCAACGCCCAAGUUCGGUCAAAGCCAAAACUAAGAAGCCUAGUGACAAACAGAGCCAAAGCAAGAGACUAGGAGAGGGGAGUCCAGUUCCAAGGAAGCGUCUGGAGAGUGCCUCAAAAUCAAAGGUGAAUUCUGUCCAGACGCCUGAGAGGGAGUCACAAGAACCAGAUACAGAGAGCCAGGACACGCAGGAAUCACAACCACCUGGCAACGAACCCCUCCACCCUGACUCUGCACGAGCCAAAGAGGAGGCCUUUGAGGAUUUUAAGGUGGGACAAGGCAGCCAGAUCAACCGCAUCUUCAAAGAGAACAAGGCCGUGCUGCUGGAACGCCGCAGUCUUCUUCGACAGCUCACUGAGGAGGUCAACACUGUCAAGAGAGACAUCGACUGCACCAUGGCCACCAUACAGCAGCACAAGGAGAUAAGAGAAUGCCAAGGUCAGUAUUUGGUUGUGGAAGGGGAGCCACUGCUGCUGGAGCCAGAUGCCCCUUUAUUAAUGCAGCUCAGAGAGCUGAAGGCCCUGUACCGGCAGAGAUACGAGGUGCUGCGUGACAUUAAGGCAGAGGUCAACUACUGCCAGCACCUUGUGGAUCAGUGCAGGCUGCGCUUGCUCUCUGAAUUUGAGAACUGGUAUAAGAAGUUUUUCCUGGUGCCUGAGGAAGAGCUGGACAUAACUAUGGAAAAGACCCUCGAACAAGAUGAGGGUGCAAAGGAGAGGCUUGCUCCUGGCAGCCCCAGCGCUGAGUCAUUCUACAACACCCACCACAGAACUCAGAAAAGGAUUUGUCUAUGUCAACAGAGGAAUAGCAGGGCACAGAGGAACUCUUCUGGACAGAGAAGACCUCCGAUUCCACCUGUUACCUAAUGUGAGGUGUUACGUGGGCACAGCGGUUUCCAGGCUGCGGCGGCCCUGCCUCAGUUUGCGCUUGUUGCUGUAAAGGGCCAUCUCCUCCAGGGCUGAGGUGGCAGGCAGCGGGGUGGAGACCUCAGGACUUGCAGUAGGCCCUAGGCAACACAACAAAAAAAACACAGAACAACUUCAGAAUUGCAUCUAUAAAGCUGCUGCAGUUUA